UUACGGUCAGGCUUACGAUGAUCAAGACCAGUACCCACAACUAGCCGAUCGUUGAAGCCAAGCUCGCGAUUUCCAUCACCAAGGACCCAUUUCAAAAAUUUAAGUUCUCCAUAAGCACGGUUUGAAAAAAAACAAUUUAACGCUUAUUCGAUAUCAAUAAAUUCCAGCAAGUGCAACAUUUCAUUUUCGUUACAAGUGUGUAGUUAUCGCAUUGCAGACGGCACCUAUUAAAGAGGGAGCGUGAUCCGGUUGUCCGCUGUGGCGGUUGUUUCUGUUGUUUCGUUUUUUACCAUAAGCAGUGUAUCUUGGCGUUACCUGUACUACCUGUACGCGCAUUCACCGUGUUGCUAGUGUAUUGGUUGGCGUGUAAGGAGCAUCAUCUUUGAAGUAUAUAGUUUCUUAUUGCACUCAUAGACCGCGAUCUUCUGUGAAAAGUGCCAAUCGGAAAAGCAUUGUACGGUUUGCAAUAAACAAGUGGAUAAUGUAUUCCUUGUCUGUAAACUUUGUAUAAUCUUUUCGUGAAGUGAUUCGCGAGCAGAAAAUCGAAAGUGUCUUCCGCACAUUUUACCCGGAGAAGUGUUAAAGUUUCCGUGAAAAAUUCAGUGGAAUAAGUACAAGUGGAAUUUUAUUCAAUAUUUUUAUUUUCGCCCCAAAAUAUAUUCAUUGGAUAAUUCAAGUCCAGAAAAACUAAACUGAAAAUUUGGAUUACCGUUCGUUUAAUUUCGCAGCAGCAUUAAGCAUAGUCUAGCCCAUCACGUUAAAAUGGCAUACGUUACUAAAUCAGUGAAAGAACGAAUAAAAACAUGUUCAUCAUUAAGAAUAAGUGUCUUGAGAAGUAGUAAAAACGUGUGUGUCAAUUCAAACAAUAGUAAUUAGCUAAAAAACCGCAUUAGCAUGCGCGUGAGAACCGUUAGGCAAGUGAAACAACAGCAACGACCACGUAUCAAAAAGCAACAAUCAGUAGUUCCUAAUGAUGCCAACGAAAUUGCCAUCAGAAGCUAUCACCAAUCCACAAGUGAGCACUGUAUUAAAACAGUAACCCCGCCAUACAGAAUGCCACCACAACCCCCGGGAGCUAGUGCAACCCUGUAUGGUGAUGCUCCAAUUCCAGGUGCUGCCCCUAUCGAACUAUCAACUACUCAUAUCUCUACAAACAUCACAUUAAGAACACAUUCAUCCAAAUUUCCGAUUGAACGUGAAUUGGUGCUAAGUAGCGGCGACAAAGGCUCCACGAAGAUUCCUCUUAUGAAUGAUCGCACUAGCGGCCUUCAACAUCUUUUACCACGAUCAACCUCCGGAGCUGUUGCACCAGAUCAUCCACCUAAACAAUUACAGGCUUGGAAUACCCAACACCAAACUACUCAAUCUCAACAACACAGCCAAGAUAGUCUUCAUCCUAAUUUGACUGGUGCUAUACCACGUACACCAGCACGUCUACCCGAAGACGUAACUGCCCUUGCCGAACGGGAAAAUAACAAGGAUCGUGACGCUAAAGACAGUAAAAACGCCGUAACAAAAACAUACCACACAAUCAAAGACCUAAUAUCCUCGAAAUUUAAGAAAGAUUGUAAUGAAACAGUCGAUGAACUGAAUAACGUCAUAGCACAGCAACAGAAUCAUUCGGGAAUGUCUUGCGAUCCAGAUGAACUCCGUUCCCCUUACUCAGCCCUUCCCGUACAUAUGCGACAAAUGCAAAGCUUAAAUCAAUCCCAGCCAAAUAUUUGGAAUGGUGGAAAAGUUGGCUUACCUUCAUCAGCUAAUCAAAUGAGCUCCCAGGUUCAGUGCUAUACUCCAGAUCCAAGUGCUAGGAAUGGAAAUGGAAUGGGAGGAAGUAGUGGAGGAGUUCAACAAAGGGCUGCAUCCCAGCCUCAACUAAAUGUAACUUUCGAAAGGCGUGGUUCACAAACUCUUUUAGAUAAUGUGGAAAGAAGGGGUUCGCUAGCAAACAUUGAUGUUACUGAUAGUGAUGACGGAGGUUUCGCAAGCAGAACGAGAAGGCCUCAAACUAUGUAUCAAGUGAAUAUGCAAACGCAACAACAACAACAGCAGCAACAGCAACAAUACCAACAUCAACAACAAUCCCAACAGCAAUUGCAACAUCAACAACAACAACAGUUCCAUCAACAACAACAACAGUAUCAGCAACAAAAUCAAGCGAAUCAGGCGUUCCCCUCUCAACUUCAUCGAAAAUCUCCACACAUUUCUCAAAACAAUGCGUCAUCUCAUACCACAAUAACCGUGAUCGGUCCCCAACAGGGUCACACUAGUUCUCCUUAUCAACAACAUCAACAGCAAUUCCAAUCGCAUAACCAAUCCUAUCAACAAUAUACCUCCCCAUAUAUGCACGUUCCUUCACCUCAAUCAGUUCAAGCUCAUCAAAACCACACUCAACAACAAAUCCAAUUAUCAAACAUCACAAUUCAGUCUCGCCAGGAUAUCCUAAGAGCAUCAUUCCAAAAACACCAGGAGAUGCAAAAACUCCAACUCCAACAGAGCACGUCUGCAGCAACCAUCGAUAAUCCUUCCGGACAGCAGGAAAACGUCGAUGAGGCGCCUCCAAAACUGCAACCCCGAGCUGAUCACAAAUCUAAACAAAUGCCCAGUUCGGCAGCAAGUUCGGAUUACGAUAAAAGUGGAAACCAUAGCUCAAAUGUAGAUUCGGGUCGAGGAAGUGCCGCUUAUUCUAGUGGGCGUAAAGGAACUGUAGCUGAUACUAGUCCCGAAAGUUCCGACUCCCAUGUUCGACCUAAAGAGACUGAAUCUGAAUGGGUAGACAUUGUCGAUGCUGAGCUAAGGAAUAUUUUAGAACCAGGAAUGCAGUCGUUGAAUCUUCGUCCAGAAAGCACGGUAUCGGGAAGUGUAUCAUCGAUAACACCUCCAUUACCACCACUAUCACCUGAUGGCAGUUCAAAGGUGAAGGCGAAUAGGUUAAAGGAUACACCAAAGCAAGAAUACGGAAUGGAUAGCUAUAACCGUCCGGGCAGGUCCUCGGGACCUAUUGGUCCAUCAAGGGCUGGCUGGCCAGGAUCAACUGUACAGAAACAAUCAGCACUCAGAGCGUCUGGCAAGAAGCAAGAUCAGUCUCUUCUCAAGAGGCACUUAUUCGGCUUAGAUAACGAUCAAACAUCAACAACAACACGGUCCCUUGAUUUGGAAUCAUUGUUAGGCGGCCCAUGGGGUGCUGGCCAAUCAGUAAGUGAUUCAGAGACUGAUACCCAAGGAUUAAGGCACAUACGUAGUCAGCUUGAAGGACUUGAGCACAUGUAUUCCGAAGUUCUGAGAAUGUUGGGUUCAAGGUUGCCCAACAGUCGUAGUACUGAGGCAACGCUGCGUUCAACAAGAAGACGCCAUGGUAGUCUUUCAUCUCUCCCUUCUAGUUCAGUCAGCAGCCGACCAAUCAGGGAUCGACGGAGAAGUGACGAUCGACGGAAAGUUCGUGACAUGAAGGGUAUCAACAAACGGUUUCAACGCCUGGAGUCGCAUGUAGUAACAUUAGCCAGGAGCGUUGCACAUUUGUCAUCUGAGUUGAGGUCGCAACAUUUGGUAACGCAGGAGUUGGAACGACUUCGAGACGACCUGACGACUUUAAGGUCACAAGCGGUUCGAAUGCAAAACGUUUUUGGAACAAACGGCAAAGAUCCAGAGCCACCAAACCUCACAAAUCCGAAAAGAGUGAAAAAAUUGACCAAGUUCUUCGGAGAAGAUCCGCCUUUAAUGCGGCUAUUUUUAAAAAAACUAGGCUACGAGAAAUAUGCUUCGCUAUUCGAAGCCGAACGCGUUGGAAUGGUGGAGCUUCCAUAUCUAGGCGAGGAGCGACUGCAGAAACUGGGUGUUCCCCUAGGACCACGGCUGCGGAUACUACAAGAAGCCCAAAUAUCUUUGUGUAAAGAUACAACGUUGUGUAUAGUUUAGGCGUUAUCUGGAAUGAAUUAAUUCUUAUAAAAUUUAAUUGUAGAAUGAAAAAUUGUAUUAAUUGAAAAAUAUUAUCAAAUAAUUUCGGCAUUUUGCUCCCAAAAUGCACUAAGUCUAGGGCCGGAUGUGCAAUCGUUAGUCAGAAUCUCAUUCAAAUUUUUAACGGUUCCAUAUUGCGAAAAUUUGUAUGUCAUAAUUUGUUAAUAUACAUCCCAAAAUGUUUGGUUCGUAAUUUAUAGAAAUUCUAUCGAGGCUUUUUCGUUAGGAAACUACAAUAAUUUAUACUUAACUUACAAUACUGGAAUUCGUGUAAAUAAUAUCCUGGGGAGUGUAAGAAAGUUCUAAUUUUGCACUUAUGAAGCAAAAACCAUUUAUUCGUUUUGUAUACUCUGUAUACUCUUUUCAAAUCAAGUUCGAUGAGGUAUUAUCCUUCCAAUUUCUCCACUCAUAGGUUGCAGUGAGCUUUCGUUGUUUGUAGGCAAAAGAUCGGUGAUCUGAAACUUUGCUGGUUACCAAAGUACUUCACGAUCUUAGGGAGGGCAAAUUGAACAAAAAUGCAAAAACGAGUUUUUUUAAAAAAAUCUCCAGUUGCACCCACAUACGGGAGUUAUCAGCACUGUGUGCACUUUCUUAUUGUACCACUAAGUUCUGAUUCGGAAUGAGGUAAAACAUUCUGAAGGAAGGUGGGAAAAGAUAUUUUAAUAAUUCAUAAAGAAUGUUGAGUCUAACAGUGCAGAAGUGUACAAGGACGAAUCUUUAAAAGAGUGAACCUAUAAUCUUCCCAGAGAAAUUUGGACGGAUAGUGGCUGCACGGAUAGUCCCAACAACAGAAUUCAAAUUUUAAGAUAAUACGAUGAAGAUGUGCCUAAAAUCUCCAGAUUUUUCUCAACCUCAACUUCUACAAUACAAUAUUUUUAAAGAGUUUGGGAUACAUUAAAAUUAACAUUAACUGCAUAGCAACGGCAAUCCAUUAGAAACUUUUCAUAUGUACAUUUCUUCAGGGUAGGAUAUUAUUUACGCGAAGUCCUGUCAUAAAAUAACCAGUUGAUGUUUAAAAAGGUUGCACGGACCAGGUCGUUGGAACUCGACUGUAGCGAAAGCUCCAAGCCCUACUAUCAGCAUUAUUAAGUGUAAAUCAUUGAUUUUGUAAUAUCCCAGUUUAGUAAAAACACCAAAGAUCAUCAACAGAAGACAUUAUCCUUUUAUAUAAUUACGUUACUUGCAUGCUGCUCCUAAGUAUAAUCAAUCAUACAUUUUGGUGUGUUACGAAGAAGUAUCUCUCUACUACUAUAAAUAUCCCCAAUCAACCCGUAACUUUCCUAGGAACAAAGUUUAUAAUUAAACACGAUUACUUACGAGGCAAAUUCCUCGGAGUACAGACGUACUGAUUUGUAUAUUUGAACUUGAAAUAGAUGUUAUUGGACCCGUGGUUAUCGUCACCACGAUAGCACCAGGUCAUUGAAUAUGAGGACAGAUUCAGUGCAUGAGUACUUACUCCCACUUGCUUUUUGUAUUCCACUGGAAAGUGUACACUUAAGCUUAGUUCAAUAAAUCAGUUCCAGUAGAAUGUUGUACAUGUAAAAUUUAGAUGUUGGAGAUUGCAAAGUCAACGAAGUACGGAUAAACAAUUGCCCAGAAGCUGUGUCUGGUGAACCAUGUAAAAUAAAGAGAGGACGUUCAGCUGAAAUUGAAUUCGAUUUCACACCAGAUUUCGAUUCACCAACCCU